ACUUGUUUCGUAAAACAAGGAAGUCAGAAAAGUUUUCCCUCCUUAAUGUAAGUGUGUCAUUUGGAUGUGUUUCACGCUGUUGGUGCUGUCGCCUGCGUUGCUCUUGCUUCAUAACGGCGCGUUUUUAAUUUGAGGAAUAUUUACACUUACACAACAUCUGGUGAAAAAAUUCCAGUGGCGGCAGCCAUGCUCAUGUGUGAUUACCCAGUAAAGACAGACAUGGAGGCAUCAUUAUACCAGACUUACCCCACACUGAUUAAACCACCAUCUGAGGCAUUUGGAGUUGUUCUGUCACCUCCCAUGGGCAGUACUCCCACGGCCCACCUGUACCCUCACUACCACCACCCCGCCUAUCAAACACACUACCCCUACGGGAGCCCCUCUCACACACACCAUCAGUCCCAGGAUGGUCAUCACUCCCAAAAUGAGCCUGUCGACUUGUCUGUCAGCAAAAGAUCCUCUGUUUCAUCCCCUUCAUCAUCACUCUCAUCCUCAUCACCCAGAGCCACGCCCCCAUCCCCUUAUGAGCGCAGCAGUCCGGUCACACGUCCUUAUCUUGGCUCCAGCUCUGUAACAGGAAGUGUUUCCGGGUCAUCCCAGACAAGGCAGUUGACCCCACCGAUUGGCCUUCCCAUUCCUGCAGUGACACAGGUUUUGACUCCUUUUGUAUCGAGUUCUGGCAUCAUCCCUGUAAUCUCUAUGUUGCAGACGUUACCUGUGCUCUACCCCUCCCCCCUACACAUGUCCUCCUCCAUCAUGAUAUCAUCCGUCCCACCUGAAAAUCCUGCUAACAACAAACAGUUUCCACUUAUGAAGUCAGAGAUUUCCCCUGACAACCAUGAGCUCCUCAAGCCAAUUAAAUCAGAGCCCCGCCCUGAACACGCUCAGGAUCCUCACAGUCAGGAAAUAACCUCAUCCGUCAUUACUGCCCCACCAAGUCAUAAUGAGGGGAACACUCACUCUGUAAUUGUACGGCGAAAGGUAGAAUCACCAGAUCCGUUAAAGAAGCGUCGAAUCCAUUGCUGUGACUUCAACGGCUGCAAUAAAGUCUACACCAAAAGCUCCCACCUCAAAGCUCAUAGACGCACACAUACAGGAGAGAAACCCUAUAAGUGCAUGUGGGAAGGCUGUACAUGGAAGUUCGCCCGCUCUGAUGAGCUGACCCGUCACUUUCGGAAGCACACAGGUGUAAAGCCGUUCCAGUGCCCUGACUGUGAUCGCACCUUCUCUCGCUCAGAUCACCUCGCCCUGCACAAGAAGCGCCACCUUCUGGUUUGAGCUCAUACACUGAAACAUGUGAACAGGGCAGAAGUUGCACCUUCAAUUAAGCCGUUACUUAAGUGGGAUAGUUCAUCUUCCAUGAUGUUACUGGGGCAUUUUGUAUAUCCCACCCCCUUCCUUUUCAGGAAACAUUGGAAGCGAAUAGGAAGCAAGAGUGGAGUUGAUGGAACACAUGAUGGCUAGCCUUUACUCCAUGAAAAGAAUAAUUGUCCAAAUGGAUUUUGUAACCAUUACUAUGGAUAUGGACAGAUGCUGAUAGUGCUAUGGAUAUGACCCUCGUAUAUACAUUAAGACCAUAUUGUAUGCCAUUCAAAGUCAAAACAGCAGGCAUCUUUAAGUCAUCAGUCUUUGUCUUGAUGCCUAGCUAUAUCUCUCUAUUUCCAUCUCUCAUCCAUUCUGUUUUGCCCUCUGCAGGUCAGAGGAAUGUUGUGCCAUUAACAGCACUACACAAACACAUUUAUAAUGUAGUUUUUGAUGCAACUCGGGUCAAACCUGCACAAUGUGAAUUUGUUUCUUUUUAUAUUAAUAUGAAAAAUGAAUGUGUAUACAUAGAUCUUGUAUAUGUAAUCAGCACAUGUGUUUCAUGUUUCAGUGUAAGGACCAACGCUUACGCCCUCAUCUGUUUUUCUGAUAUUGUCGGAUUCGGUCUGCAAAUUUUUAUAUUUUUCAUCUAAAAUCAUGGUAGACAUGGUAUGUAUAGUUUCCAAAAGGACAAGACAAAGGUUUUGGUUUCAAGGGUUGUAGGACUGAGCAUCUGACCUAUUACUUACAUAACAGUAAAACAGUGGCAUGUUUUAUUAAUUGUAAUCAUGAAUUAAUACUGUAGUUUACCAUAAGUAAGUACUAUGUACUGUGUAAGUUCUUUGCAACUCUGCACAUUCACAGUUGAUUUAGUAAUGAGGUUCCUUACAUAGUUCUUUAAAAACAAAGGUAAAAAUGGGUGACUUCUCUUAUGAGAAGUUAAAGGGAUAGUUCACCCAAAAAGACAAUUCUGUCAUCAUUUAUUCACCCUCAUGCCAUCCCAGAUGUCUAUGACUUUUUAUCUUCUGCUGAACACAAACAAAGAUUUUUAAAAGAAUAUCUCAGCUCUGUAGGUCCAUAUGAUGCAAGUGAAUGGUGAUCAGACAUUUGUAGCUCCAAAAAUCAGAUAAAGGAGACAUAGAAGUAAUCCAUAAGACUCCAGUGGUUUAAUCCAUAUAUUUAGAAGCGAUAUAAGAGGUGUGAGUGAGAAACAAAUCAAAAUGUAAGUCGUUUUUUACUCUAAAUCUCCACUUUCACUUUCACAUCUGAAAGUGAAACAUAAAGUGGAGAUUUAGAGUAAGAACGGACUUAAAUAUUGUUCUGUUUUUCACCCACCUCUUAUAUCGCUUCUGAAGAUAUGGAUUUAAACACUGGAGUCAUAUGGAUGACUUUAUAUGUUGAUUUUUGGAGCUACAAAGGUCUGAUCACCAUUCACUUGCAUUGUAUGGACCUACGAAGCUGAGACACUUUUCUUAAAAUCUUUGUUUGUGUUCUGCUGAAGAAAGAAAGUCAUUCACAUCUGGGAUGGCAUGAGGGUGAGUAAAUGAUGAGAGAAUUUUAAUUUUGGGUGAACUGUUCCUUUUAAAUUGGUGUCUUAAAUGCUAUUAUAGGCUGGCCAUAAAUGGCAAGGGAUUCAUACAGUGUCUAAACAGUGCCUUUUGCUUAACAAAACUACAUGCUCUAUCACCACAAAUAUUAGUUGCAAGGACUUACAGAAAGCUUAAUUUUGCUUAAUUUUACAAUUAUUCAUAUUUGAAUCAUUUCUGUAAUCAUGGAAUAGUCAUAUAAUCCUUAAUAUUUUGUAUUGUUUCGUUUUGUUGUAUCAAAUCCAGUGUCCGAGGCUCAAAAGGGUAAAAUCUUUAUUUCAUUGAGGGGUUUUCAGGUGGAGAAAUGUGUUAAAUGUGAACCAUUCAAUAAGGGGCAUUAUUUUAGUGAGUUCAUCUAGGUUAUGGGAAACAUUGUCUUAGUGCUUUUACAGCACUUUGUUUUGUGAGAUAUAUCUUUAAGAUGUAAGGAAAUCAUGGAUAAAUGCAGGGAUGCGUAUACUCUUGUUUUUCUGUUUGAAAAUAAUUUUUAUGUGAACAAAUGUUUGUAUUAGCAAUGUGUAAACAGAAACAGUGCACUUUAAAAGGAUUUGAAAGCCAAUAUAUAUUUCAAUGGGGGCCAUUAAUAGCUUUAUGCUUUGGGCGAUAUCCCCAUGUUUUUCUCUUUCUAUAGUAGUUAACAGUCUGCAAUAGAGCUUCCAAAAUCCUGUCCUUGUCUCUCCCAUGUUCUGUUCGUCUUUUCUCAACUGAAGGACAGUUUUGUGCUGUACUCAUUCAGAAGGAGGAAAAGACCAAUGGAGAGAAAAGAGUCCUUAAUAAAAAGAUUGAGAUGAGUCAAAGAAAGAA